CUGUUACAACUUACAAGAUCAAACUGAUUUUCAUGGAGCCAUUUUCCCCUAUUGUUCAUCUUCUGCAAAAAUACAAAAUUACUUUUAAAAAUGGGCAAAAAGGGCGGGCCCAAAAAAUUGAAAAGAUUUGAAAAUGAAGUAUAGGAGUGCAACGCCAGUAAAUAUGAAUUAUAUAGACGUGCUUCCGACGACUGGUACGUGCACCCCCACCACGGCGGCACAGCCCAUUCACUUUAAACACAAAGCUCACCUCUUAUCAUUUUACCUGAAUUUAUCUUCCGAUGGAGAGAAAUAAAUUCAAUCGCAAAAGUCGAUUGAUCUACACAUCGUCACCGGCGGCGCCGCCGCCGUCGCCGAUCCCCACCGCCAGAGGCUCCCGGUCGGCGGCAGAUCCGUUGCUAUCCGAUUACAUCGACAAAAGCGCACAGAUUCCGGCACUUGAACUUCCUCAACACGUUAAUAAAUUCAAACCAGAGGAAAUCAAUUACGAAUCGCUCGUAUUCAGGGAACGCGAUUCGCUGAGAAGGCUGCUGAAAUCUGCCAGAGAAUUCGGAGUUUUCCGUAUCAGUAAUCACGGAAUAGCAACGGAGGAAUUGAGAUUCGCUUUGGCUAACAGCGAAAGGAUAUUCGGGAUAACGGUCGAGUGCUGCACCAGCUACGGCGAUCACGAGAAGAUCGUUUGGCACGGCGACGACCGCCGCAUCAUGGAGGAGGCUGCCGCCGCCGCGAUCGGCGUGCGGAAUUAUCACAUUUUCUGCGAAAAAAUGGAGAAUGUGGGAAGAAAACUGGAAGGAAUGGCGGAAGAAUUGGGUAAGAUAAUAGUGGGAAAGCAAAUUGAAGAGAGUGUUGAAAUAGGAGAAUCAACAUCAACAUUGAGCAUUUACAGGUACCAUAGAGCUAACAUCAACGAUAGAAGUUCAUCUGUAAUUGGGGAGAUAAUCCAACAAGAAUCAAACCAAUACUCUCUCAGCCUCCAUCUUUUGCUAGAACCAAGUGAAUUUUGUCUCGAAUCGAGCCACGGAAAUUUGUCGUUCGACACUAGCUCCGAAACACUUGUUGUCACCAUAGGGAUGGAGCUUCAGGAAUGGAGCCAUGGAGAAUUGAAAUCUGCUCAAGGGAAAAUAAUAUUUAAGCCAUUUCUACAGACAAAUAGACCAUCUUUUUCAGUAGAACAGAAGUGGUCAGCUUCGAAUCUUAGGAAAGUUGUCCGUGAAUCAGACAAGAUUAUUUCCCUCACAAACCAGAUCUUCUUUCUACUCGUUGUCGCGUUUCUAUAUAACGCUUUUUCUUAUAUAUUUGCAUGA